UGAGUUGAUAAGUUUCACUUUCGUUUUUGAGUCUCUCUCCUACUUCCGCAUAGAAGAUAGUUUACCAAUUUGUGCCAGCUUCAAUGUCUUGUAAUUCGGAUGGCUCAGUCACUGAUAACUUUGCCUUCUGAAACGGUGUUCGCAGAAUGCCGUGCGUUUGUGUUUUUUUACGAUAUUCAAUUGAAUCGAUGGUCUGAGGUAGCCGAACCGAAUGUCUAUUCCAGAAUUCAGCUGCUUUGCAGUCGCCCUCCAGGAAGUACAGGAUCGUACAGAAUAUUGGGAAGGCUAGAAACUACAGGAAUGGUAACUAUAAGCAUACAGCUAUCUGACAGUAUAGCAUACUUGGUGACUAAUGCCACCUGGCACCAAAUCCGUGUGCAAGGUGGAUUGAUCUAUGGCCUGCGUGUUAGCCCUGAAUCUGAUGGCAUGAAAUUUUCUGUCAUUAUCCAGAACACUGUGCGGUCUCUUCAAGGUACCAGGAACCUACCGCAAAACCAUGUGGGAAAUUGGGGUGCACCCCCAGAGGCCCCACCAACAGGUCAAGCAUCUGCAUCUCCUGUUGGAACACCAAGAACCUCUGAUCCUCCAUCUCAAGAUGGAGGAAGUGCACAGAGAAGGAGAGAGUAUGAUUCAAAGAUUGAUGCUAUUUGCUUAACUCUGAGUGAAGCCAUAAGGACCGGGAAUCAAGAAGGAGCCGCUGAACUUGUAAAGCAAGUGACAGUUCAGAAGCUUUCUCUCAGUAUUAAACUCAAGAACCCUGUCUUUGUGACAAUGGACUCGGGACUCGACUCAAUUAAUAUACGAGUAGUGGUUGAAGAUAAAGAAUCUUCUGGAGGUGCAUUCAGUAUGAAAGUCUCACCAACAGCUACAAUAGAGAGACUGCAACAGGAGGUGUUUGACAGAUAUGGCUUCCCAGUCCAAGUGCAGAAGUGGAUUGUGGGCAAAAAAAUACCCAGGUCCCAGGAUACCUUGCAAGAUUUAAAUGUGAGACAGUCUGGGCACACUGUGUUCUUGUAUCUCUUAUCUGGUAAAAUGGUUGGAUUGCGAAAGUCCGAUGCGGAACGACUUGGACGCGGGAAUUCCACGUCCUCGUCCGUGCCCACAAGCUUACCAGUGAGCGCUGCAAGUAGCGCCGCGGCUUCGACCCAGAUGAGACGCGCCACGAGUACUCCCUCCCUGCCAGUCCAAGGAGAGCGUUCCACACUGUCCGGUAGCAGGACGGAGCCAUUACCAACGGUGCGCCACAGUCCACCCAUUCCACUCCAAAACCCGGAACCUGCCACCAUGCCUGUCACCGUGCCUGCCGCCAUGACUAUAGACCAGGUACGCAACAUGUUAAGUCAACAUUAUGGCAGUCAGGGGGAUGCGGCCAAUCAUUCCGACCGUCCUCAAGAGGAGGCGUUUGUGAACAAUUUAGAAAUCGCUCAACAGCCGACUGAGGAGGACGGGCAUCCUUUGGGAUGGACUUGUCCUGCGUGCACGUAUAUUAAUCAGCCAACAAGACCCGGCUGUGAAAUGUGUAGUUCGGACAGGCCGUCUGAUUAUGUUGUACCUGAUGGAACAAGGUUGGACGAGAGAGAAAGGAGUAGGAUUGCUGCCGAGGAGAGAUCAGAGGCGCUUUUUCAGCAGGCUGAGCGGAUGAGACAACAGGAAGAGGAGGUUGCUAGGGAACGAAACUUUGUCACUCUUCUCCAGACCGCCCAACAAAGCCUCAUUCCCAACCAGGAAGAGUUUGACUGUGGCAUUUGCUUUGUUCCAGUGGAGCCUGGAGAUGGAGUGAUACUCAGGGAAUGUCUACACAAGUUCUGCAGGGAUUGUCUUACUGAGCACAUUCGCCUGGCAACAGAUCCUGAAGUCCAGUGUCCUCAUCAGGAAGAUGAUUACGCCUGUCACGCAACUAUCACCGGCCAAGAAAUUCAAGCGCUAUUGUCUCCUCAAGAUUUCGACAAGUUCUUGAACCGAAGCCUCGCCACAGCGGAAAGUCAAGCUGCGAACAGCUUUCAUUGUAAAACUCCAAACUGUCAGGGGUGGUGUGUGUACGAGGACAAUGUCAACACUUUCUACUGUCCUGUGUGUAAACAACCUAACUGUUUGACAUGUAAAGCUAUCCAUGCCGACAUGAACUGCAAAGAGUAUCAAGAUGAUCUCAAAAGAAGAGCACAAAAUGACGAGGCAGCGAGGCAAACACAACAGUUUCUUGAGGGCAUGGUGAGAGGAGGAGAGGCAAUGCACUGUCCACAGUGUGAGAUCAUUCUACUCAAGAAAGACGGCUGUGAUUGGAUGAAGUGUAGCAUGUGUAGAACAGAGAUUUGUUGGGCCACCAGAGGUCCCAGAUGGGGACCUGCAGGUACUGGAGACAUCUCAGGGGGGUGCAAGUGCCGCGUUGGAGGCAAAAGGUGCCAUCCAAGAUGUAAAAACUGUCACUAGUAAGGAGAGCUCCAUACAACGAGAAAUUAGGGAUAAUGGCCGGACCCGGCACUUGAGACAGAGGAAGACACCGUUUUUAAACCAGUGAUAAACAGAAGUUAUAAUCACUUGAAACUAGAGAUGAAUGUAUGAUGUAAUGAGGGUAUUUACUUUAAGUGUUCAGAGGACUUAUUGUGUGACGAAAAAAAAAUGUGCCCAUUUGCAAGUUAUAUCAUAUUUUUCAGGUUAACUAUUUCAUUUGAUCAAUACUCGUUUGUUACUUUUUGCAGUGCUUAGUUUUCAGCAGGGAAUACCAUUAGGGUUUUAAAGAGAAGUUGCCUUUACAAUAAAAACUCUUUCUCGGCUUGGCUUUGCAAAGAUUUCAGAAGCUGCAGACACGCUCGUUAAUGAUAGCCUUUGAGGGAAAGUCAUACCCUGCCAGAGCACAUGCGGUGCAAGGUCUGAUCCGUAGACUGGAUCAAAAAAAGACGUUCUUAUCGUUACACUAACAAAAAGAUAAAUUUAUUCCAUAUUUAGCAAGGCUGGACUUAGCCGAGUAAUCAUCCUUAGCUUCUUGCACCGCAGCUCCCCAAGGCCAAAGGGGCACAAGAGUGGAGCACCAGACCUCUGGUAAGCCCACCGAGCUCCGAAAACCUAAUUGGUUUCUCCGUGCAUAAGACCGUACGGGUGCGCGGUUUGAGUACAUUAUAACAUCCCGGACUCGAGGCGACUUUCGAGACUUGAGAAAUUUUUGUCUCCCGGUGUAGGAAUAAUUUGAUUUCUUCGUUUGAAAUAGUUCUACGUUUGCAUUUUGCUUCUACUUUCCAAUUUUUUUUUUUUUAAUGUUUUGGGCUCUAAUUAACCAGAAUAGAAACGCUUCGAGUCUGGUUAAAAAUAAUAAAUAAUCCCAACAAAUUAUAGAUAAUAAAAUUGAUAAAAGAGCAGUGACACUCCGCUUCUCUGCCUUAGUAGCAGCAGAGGAAACCUCUGGGACCAAGGUAGAGCUCCGCGUCUAUACAGGUCUCUUUUCCCUUUUAUUAUCCCUGUAGGUCUAGCAGGGUCCAAUCCGUUAGAUAACAUAUCAGUUAUAACAGGAACACAUAUUUUUACGAGGAUCUAACUUAAUUGGUUGGACAGAAAUUGUAUCUACUCAUUAAUUAAAGUUGUCUAAUUGAUGACGUUCCCAGUAUGUUAUUCUAUUUACACCCGGGGAAUGUACACGUGAUAAGAAUACAGUUUAAGUGGCAAUAAAUAAUUUGUCAUAAAGUAACACCUCACUGCGAAAUAAACCUAAAUUAUUAUAUGGC